AUGGAUUCCUCAAGAGGCCCUCCGCGGGUCAAGAACAAGGCCCCUGCGCCUGUGCAAAUAUCUGCAGAACAACUGCUUCGUGAAGCAGUCGAUAGACAAGAACCGGGCAUACAAGCGCCAACCCAGCGCUUUGCGGAUUUAGAAGAACUCCAUGAAUUCCAGGGUCGCAAGCGCAAGGAAUUCGAGGACUAUGUUCGCCGCAACAGGGUUAACAUGAACAAUUGGCUGCGGUAUGCGCAAUGGGAAUUGGAGCAGAAAGAAUACCGACGCGCAAGGUCAAUUUUCGAGCGGGCCUUGGAUGUCGACAGCACCCAUGUUGUCCUAUGGAUCCGAUAUAUCGAAGCGGAAAUGAAGACAAGGAAUAUCAACCAUGCACGGAACUUGCUGGACAGAGCAGUCACCAUUCUUCCGCGGAUCGACAAACUUUGGUACAAAUAUGUGUAUAUGGAAGAGACGCUGGGCAAUAUACCUGGGACAAGGCAAGUCUUCGAGCGAUGGAUGAGUUGGGAGCCGGACGAGGCGGCCUGGCUGGCGUACAUCAAACUGGAAAAGCGAUAUGGCGAGUAUGACCGUGCGCGAGCGAUCUUCGAACGCUUCACCAUUGUUCAUCCCGAGCCGCGAAAUUGGAUCAGAUGGACGAAAUUCGAGGAAGAAAACGGGACGAGUCAACUGGUGCGGGACGUGUUUGGCGUUGCCAUCGAGACCCUCGGUGAUGAUUUUAUGGAUGAAAAGCUUUUCAUUGCGUAUGCACGCUAUGAGGCUAAACUCAAGGAGUACGAGAGGGCCAGGGCGAUCUACAAGUAUGCCUUGGACAGACUGCCACGCUCUCGAUCUGCCUUACUCCACAAGUCUUAUACCCAGUUUGAGAAGCAAUUUGGGAAUCGGGAAGGAGUGGAGGAUGUCAUCCUUGCAAAGCGGCGGGUGCAGUAUGAGGAACAAGUAAAGGCCAAUCCUCGCAAUUACGAUGCCUGGUUCGACUUUGCCAGAUUGGAGGAGGCGGGAGGCGAUGUGGAACGUGUGAGAGACGUCUACGAGAGAGCAAUUGCCCAAGUUCCGCCAUCACAGGAGAAGCGACACUGGCGGAGGUAUAUUUACCUGUGGAUCUUUUAUGCGCUAUGGGAGGAGAUGACCAACAAGGACAUCGAGAGGGCGAGACAAGUAUACCAAGAGUGCUUGAAGCUCAUCCCACACAAGAAAUGGACUUUCGCCAAAAUAUGGCUUUUGAAAGCGCAGUUUGAGGUGCGGCAAAUGCAACUGCAGGCGGCGAGAAAGACGCUGGGGCAAGCUAUCGGGAUGUGCCCGAAGGACAAACUAUUCCAUGGGUACAUCGAGCUGGAGAAGCAGCUAUUCGAAUUUGGCCGAUGUCGCACUCUCUUCGAGAAGCAGAUUGAAUGGAACCCGUCCAACAGUCAAGCUUGGAUCCAAUUCGCCGAGCUUGAGCGUGGGCUCGACGACUUGGACCGAGCGCGGGCCAUUUUUGAGUUGGCCAUUGAGCAGCCCACACUCGACAUGCCAGAACUGGUGUGGAAGGCGUACAUCGACUUCGAAGAGUAUGAGGAAGCAUACGAUCGAGCCCGGGCGUUGUACGAGCGCCUCCUACACAAGACCGACCACGUCAAGGUCUGGAUCAACUAUGCGCGGUUUGAGAUCAAUGUGCCGGAUCCUAACGAGCCUGAAGCCGGCGAAAAUGAAGAGCAGCGGGUCAGCGAGGAAGCCAAGGGUCGGGCGCGCAAGAUAUUUGAGCGGGCACAUGAGCUUUUCAAGUCGAAGGAAAUGAAGGAAGAACGGGUUGAUUUGUUGAAUGCCUGGCGGUCGUUUGAGCAAACACAUGGGUCACCGGAAGACAUUGAGAAGAUUGAAAAGCAGAUGCCGCGUAAGGUCAAGAAGAGGAGAAAGAUCGAGGAAGACCGGUUCGAGGAGUAUAUCGACUAUGUCUUCCCCGCGGACGACGAGAGUGCGGCCAAGAUGUCCAAGUUGUUACAGAUGGCUCACCAGUGGAAAGCGAAACAGCAGGUGAACGAGGGCGGGGAGUGA